UCUUGGGGACCAUCAUCCACUUCACUCACUGCUUACAAGCCAACCGUUCCGCUAAAAUGGCAUCGAAACAAGCACAGAAGCGACUGAUGAAAGAGCAUUCCGAAAUCACCAAGUCACCUCCACCUUUUAUCGUCGCGCGCCCUAAGGACACCAAUAUCCUGGAGUGGCAUUAUAUCAUUCGCGGUCCUCCUGAUACUCCUUACACGGGCGGUGAAUUUUGGGGUACUGUGACCUUCCCGCCGGAAUAUCCGUUCAGGCCUCCAGCAAUUGUCAUGAUGACUCCAUCUGGUCGCUUUAACCCUGGAUCCAAGAUAUGCACGAGCAUGAGCGAUUAUCAUCCAGAUUCAUGGAACCCAGCUUGGGGGGUCUCAACAAUAUUAACCGGAUUACUCUCCUUUAUGGUUUCGGAAGAGAUCGCUACUGGUGCUGUGUCUGCUAGCUCUACAACGCGCAGAGAUCUCGCUCGGCAGUCGCAUUCAUUCAACCUUUCUCACACGACGUUCAAGACAAUCUUUCCAGAGUAUUCCGACCCCAGUAAAAUGGUCGACUUGCCCAACAUGGGUUAAGUAAAGAAGCCUCCGUGCACUGCUCUCAACCUUGGGUUGAUCUAGCUACCCCCAAAACUAUACCUGCUUCAGCUCAUCUCAUGGUGGUCGUGACUUGCAUUGCACAAGACGAGACAUCCCUGCAAGCUCAUUGACCCCAUUUGGCAACGUUUGGCGUCGUCUUGAUAUCUUUGUGAUCGGUUGGACCUCGAACCUGAUUCCUUAUAUCUCUUUUUGAUUAUCUGAAUGUAUAACAAAUCAUAAAAUCAACCCUCCUUAGGUAUCACAUUACGUUUUGUUACAUUUUUUUCCCAGGAACACGGCUUGAAUUAAAGUGGUUGUGGGCUUCCUC